AUGCGAUACCUCCCGAUGGUACCUUGGGCCGAAAACCGUGAAACUCUUUGCAGUGGUGGAGUUGGAGAUCCAAUGAAAGGAGAUUCCGCGUCUCAACAGGUUCCGAAGACACGUCAAGAGCACCAAUUGCUUAUUAAUGAUUUGAAGACUGCAUUAGUUGAGAACACAAAUGAUGAUGAAAUCAACGUUAAACGAGGUCUUCUCAAAGAAUAUAAAUCGCAAUUGGAAAUAUUCAAUUCAGAAAUUGAUUCUCUUAAAAAUGCUCCACCGCCUACCACUGAUAAUGCAGCUAAACGUCGGCUAGGUGCAAUCAAACGUGAAAUUAAACGACUACAAUCCCAUUUGCCGAUAUAUGCACGCCGAAAGGAUUUGAUCGAAACCAUCCGCUCGAGUCGCGUACUCAUUUUGAAGGCAGACACUGGUUCCGGCAAGAGUACUCAACUAGUCCAAUACCUCUUAGAUGCUGGACUUGCCGAUCAGCAUGAAGCUCAUGAGCGACGUAUCGAUACUGAUCUACUUUUUGGUAUUAUGAAAUUAUGUUUACGUGAUCGAUUCGACAUUAAGCUGAUCAUCAUGUCGGCCACAUUAAAUACGGAUUUAUUUCGUCAAUACUACCAAGACUCAUGUUUACUUGAAGUAGCUGGACGAACGUAUCCGAUUGAAGAUGAAUAUGCUAGUGACGAUGUCGAUCAAUACGUGGAUGCGGCAAUAGCGAAAGUAUGCGAAAUUCAUAAUAGUCAAAGUUCGGGUGAUAUUCUCGUCUUUCUGACUGGGCCAGAUGAAAUAGAUCGAUCAGUAGAUGAAGUAGAAUCUCUUCUGAAGGAUACCGCAUUAGUAUUGCCUUUGCAUGGUAAAUUAAAUGAAGACGACACAAAACGUAUUUUUGAACCAACUCCUGUUAAUAAACGUAAGAUUAUAUUUUCCACAAAUGUGGCCGAGACCUCGAUAACUAUCGAUGGUAUUCGACAUGUAGUCGAAUCGGGUAUGGUCAAAGAAUCCAUGUGGGAUGAGAAAAGAAAUAUGCAAGUUUUAAAAAUUGGAAAUAUUACUCAGAGUUCUGUCAAACAACGACGAGGUCGAGCAGGUCGAACGUCCUCCGGAAAGUGCUAUCAUUUGUAUACAAAAGAGACGUAUGAAUCGUUCGAUAUAUGUCCUCGUGCAGAAAUUCUAUGCAUUCAACCGAGCAUUGCUGUUCUCAAACUGAAAUAUCUUGGUGUAGCAGAUGACAUCGAAAAGUUCGAAUGGCUUGAGGCACCAUCAGCAGCAAGUAUGCGUGAUGCUGUGACGAGUCUUACUUGGCUCAAUGCAAUCGAUAGUAACACUGGUCAAUUAACAGAAAUUGGACAGCGUAUGGCCGAGCUGGGUCUGUCGCCCAUGCUAUCAGCAAUGAUUCUACAUGGUAAAGAAAAAUCAUGUGUAAGUCAUGUGCUUGCUCUUGCAGGAAUGCUAAGUGUAGCGCAAAGUGUCUGGUGGCGCGGCAAGAAUACAGAAAAGAGACGAAAUCGUAGUGAAUGGUGCCGAAACAAUAUGGUAAAUGGCAAAGCAAUGAAUAUGGCGCUCGAAUUCGCUAACGAAACGGCACGACAAUUAAAAAUCUUCAAACUCGAUUUUACAGAGCCACCGUUCGAUCGAAUCUUGAUAGAUAAUGUUUUGAAUUCAGUUAGCGCUGGUUAUUUUCAACAUUUGGCAAUAUCUAAUGGGCCUCUUCGAUCUGGAUAUCAACUUGCAGCAUCCAACAAGAUCAAUGCCCAAGUCUAUCGUACAUCAAGUUUGACGAUUGCCACACAACCACCGAAAUAUGCAUUAUACCACGAGCUUGUUAACCUCAAUGGCAUCAAUUACAUGACCACUAUGUGUCCCGUUGAACUUCAAGCAUUACCUCCAGGGUGGCUCGCUUCCUUACCCCAACAACCUGCUGAUCGCAUUUUUGGCAGCCAUACUUUUUCAAAUUUAGGGCCUUCAUUGUUGGUGGCCUGCUUUGGUAAGCGAUGUGCUAAAAAACAACAACUCGAAGAUGCAUUUCAAGCAGUCUUAGACGUCGAUUAUGCACAAGGAACAUUGACUAUAUGGUGUCACCCAAGCAUGUUGGUUGAUGCACAACGAGGAGUCGAAGAGCUGCUGCGUGUGGAACGAGAAAAGCUCGUUACUGAAGCAGAAGAAUACGAGAUCGUCGGUUCGACACGUGUGCUAUUAGGCACAGGUAGUCUUCCAUUGAUGAUGCUACUGGAAAAUGAAUACGUUAAAGUGAUUGUUCGUGGUCUGCCCACGAAUGUUACAGAACAGCAGCUUGAAGAAAAAUUCCGACGCUGUGGGAAAGUUCGCAGUAUCAACUUCGUGAGCAGAGGUGUCGAUGGUACUUCGGCCUUAGUGACCUACUAUGAAGGUGCUCAUGCUCGUGAUUCAGUUGUACGUCUAUCCGAAGAAACAUGGGACGGGCGACGCAUAACUGUCGGCCCAACCAAUGUACGUACAUCAGUUCAUACUAGUACACAAGGCUGCAAACUGAAAGUUCAAUGGUUCCUUACAGAAUCCGAAUGUAAUGGCAAAGUAAAUUUUAGUAAACGGGAAGCUGCUGAACAAGCUCUUAACAUAUUACAAAGAGUGUUUACUUGCCAAUGUCGACUGAAAGUGAAUACCUUUAAGCCAACGGUAAGAUGUUGUUGGCCAAUUGAGAAACACACUGGUAUGGCAAUCGUCGAGUUUGGCACCGAUGAAGAAGUACAGCAAGUACUUCAACAAAAGACGAUCGGGCAAAUGAGUAUCAACCCCAGCAAUAAAAAAAGCUCUUCCUUAUGUAUCAAACGUGUGGCACCAGAAUUCGAUGAGGAGGAUCUGAGAGAGCACUUUCCUAAUUGUACCAAAGUGAGUUUAAUUCGAGGUACCAAAGGUGUCCAAUUAGAAAAACCAGAUGGUGUAGAAGACGACAUUCGUCGUUUGUUUAACAAUUAUAAGUCAUUUCAGCGUGAGUCAGUUAUGGUAAGCGCAAAAUUGUUCUCUGGUCGCGUGGAAGCCUUUGUUCACUUUGCUGAUGAGAGUGAAGCGAAUUCAGCUAUUGCUGAAAUGGAUGGUCGUGCAAAUUUAAUUGGUGGUGGAAAAAUACGUAUGUCAUUGAUGAAAUCAGCAAAGACUACUAAAGGAACAAUACUUGGCGACGAAUACAUUGUUAAUAUGUCUAAGUUGCCACCCACAAUAAUUGAAGAAGAUCUUCUAAAAGAACUCCGGCAGUAUCCCCUUGCGGAUAGUAUAACUUACGUCGUUAUUUUUCGUAAGAAACUAGUCGAAGAAAGCAGUGAACAAAACAAUCACACGAAAAAACCAGCUUUGCAAACUGAUUUGAACAAAUUAAUGUCAUUGUUUAAUUCGCGUAAAGACUUUCGAUCAGAACCGGAAUUAAACAUUAAUCCAGCGACUGCCGAUGGCCGUGUGACUGCACAUGUUCUCUAUGACAACCCAGAUGAUGUCAUAAAAGCCAUGCAACUCUAUACAAAUCCGACCAAUCCAGAUCUGCUCAAAUUUGGUCAAUACAAACUACAUUUAGCUCCAUUGAACGAUCAUAUCAUUGUACUCAAUGCAUCUUUAGCUAAUGCGAUUGAACCUAAAAUUGAUUCGGCAUUAGAAACAAUCCGAAAUAUGUGUUUGUUAAAUACGACAGUACGAAAGAAGGAAACAGGAACGAAUGCUAAGAAAGCCACACGCAUUUACAUUCAAGGCACAGAUAACUUAGAGAUAGCAAAAGUACGGCAAAUUUUCUCCCGACUGGUGAAGGGACUCGAAUUUCGUUUUCACCAACCAUCAUGGGUAUGUUCGUACGCAAAAUAUAUUUUGCUAUAUUUUAUCACUCAUUCGUUUCUUAUGCACAGAUAUCAGUGAUCUUUGAUGACAAAGGAAAGAAAUUUCUCAAAUCUCUUCAAGAACGUACAAAAACUUACAUCUGGUGGAAUUGGUCAUCAACAUUUCUCCGUAUAUUUGGUGAAGAUAAUGCAUGCGAUGAAGCUUACAAAGAAAUAGAUACAUUUAUUCAAAAUGCUAUCCUCAACAUCAAUCAUUCUAUAUCAGUGCCUAUCUCACAGGGUAUUAGCAAUACUUUUACUAUUUACAGUAAAACCUGAUCUAGACUGAUUACCAGAUUAACUUUGACUUGAAGCCACAUAAACAAAGUUAACCGAUUUAUGCAUUUAUCUUGUAUGUGUUUAGGAUGUUUGCGACAAUGCCUGAAAAAAGCAAGUGAAUUCAAAAACCUUGGCAAUGAUGAAGUAUCGGUUGAAUUGAACAUAAUCAAGCGUGUCAUAUGUAUUAGGGGUGAGCAGACAGCAGCAAAUGAUUGUGAAAAUCGUGUGCGUGCUCUACUCGCGUCACUUCCGCAGAUACAAACGACAUGCAAAACGGCGAACAAUAAAAAUACCGAAUGUCCUCUAUGUAUGAGCGUGUGUGAAACACCUUAUGCUCUACAGCAGUGUGGACAUACAUACUGUCGAGCCUGUUUAUACGAUUUCUUUGUAUCACGCUGUGAUUCCACAAUCAGUCGAGAUGCAUUCAAAAUCUGUUGUCUUAUCGACGGUUGUAAUGCUUCCUGUUUAAUUCGUGACAUCAAGUCGGUGUUGGGCGCUAACAAAAUGGAACAAUUAGCAAAAGUCGCCUUUCAAAUCUAUCUCAAACAGCCUGGCAUUGACCUUGUUCAGUGUGUUGGUAAUGAUUGUCUACAGGUACGUUUUUUCGAAUAUUUAAGGCCACCUUCCCCCCUCAAAAAAAGUCAAUCUUCGUCAGAAGUUUCGAAAUUGAGAUAAAUGCAUGGAAAGAUAGCCCGUUAUCUGCUCUUUCAUAAACAAUAAAGGUUUUUCCUCAGUACCUCAAUUCUCUCAAAAAAUUUUUCACGAUUUCUGUCAUCCACUAUUCGAAAAAUAAGCGGUUUUUUGAAAAACAAAAAAGUUUUUCGUUUUUUCUCAGUUUAUGAUUUUUUGAUUUUGUUUUCAAGAUUUUUCGAUCCAGUAACUUUCAAUGUACAUAAAUUUUUUUUGUUUGAAAGAGCAUCAAAAACUGCAGGUGCUGCAAGGCUCCAUUUUUUGAAUGGCACAUUGUUAUUAUUAUAUUGAAAAGCACUUUAAUAAUUAGAGCGCCAUUUUUUAAGAGUUUUACGAGUGAAUGAACUUCUCAACCCUUUUCUCCGCUUGAUAGAUAAGAAUUUUUAAAAAAGGAUGCUCAUAGACCCUGCAUCCUGAGAUGCGCUUUAUUACAAAAAAGAUAUGUACAGGGGGUGGCAAAAUUAUAGACCCCCCUUGCAUAUACAGUCAAAAAUGUUUGUUUUAUUUCCAUGAUAAACGAUACUGAUCUGCUAAUGGUAUGCGUACAUAGAAGCACCCACGCACUACUCGGUCCCACCAUCUUUCCCUUUCGUCUCUUGUUAUUGAAUGAAAAACCUUGAGAAAACUGAAAAAUUACUGUAGCAUAAUUAUAGGCCCCACCUU